AUGAACCGACUUGGAGCAGCCCAGAGACUCACCCGCGGUCUUUCCGCCACACGAUCGCAAUUGCACCGUCUGCGAGCCUUCUCGACCUCCGGAUCGUGUCUCAACGACGACAAGUCCACGCACUUUGGAUUCAAGACUGUCGAUAAGGACUCCAAGGAAUCUCUUGUGGGCCAGGUUUUCUCGUCGGUGGCCUCUAAGUACGACAUAAUGAACGACGUCAUGUCGUUUGGUAUCCAUCGGCUGUGGAAGGACGAGUUUGUCAACACUCUGAACCCCGGCCGACGAGCCGGAUCCAACGAGCAGCUGUCCUUCCUGGACGUUGCUGGUGGCUCGGGAGACAUUGCCUUCCGAAUUCUCGACAACGCCAAGCGACGACACGGUGACGUCUCUUCUAACAUGACUGUUGUCGACAUCAACCCCAACAUGCUUGCUGAGGGCGAGAAGCGGGCAGCAGCACAUCCCGAGUACGCCAAUGAUCCUCGAAUCAAGUUCCUGGUCCAGAACGCUGAAACCCUCGACCAGAUCCCCGACGAGUCCCAGGACCUGUACACAGUUGCAUUUGGCAUUCGAAACUUCACCAACAUCCCCAAGGCUUUGGAGACUGCCCAUCGAGUGCUCAAGCCCGGAGGAGUGUUUGCCUGUCUGGAGUUCUCCAAGGUGGACAACUUCAUCCUCGAUCAGGUGUACACCCAGUACUCCUUCAAUGUGAUCCCCAUGAUGGGCCAGAUUGUCGCUGGCGACCGAGACUCGUACCAGUAUUUGGUCGAGUCGAUUGUGCGGUUCCCCACCCAGGAGAAGUUUGCGCAGAUGAUCCAGGACGCUGGCUUCACCCUGGCCGGCGACGGUUACAAGAACCUGACCUUUGGUGUUGCUGCAGUGCAUAUCGGAGUCAAGUUGUAA